AUGUGGCUCCUAGGCACCGCACGCGCGAACCUCGUCUUCUUUCCCCAACCUGAAAAUGUUCCUCGAGGCUACGCCAUCCUGUCGCACACCUGGGGGGGAGAAGAAGAGACGUUUCAAAAGGUUCAAAAGCUUAAUCCAUCCCGCUCGUCGCCACCAUGGUUCAACCCACGCGAUCGCCUCACUCCAAAAGUUCGAUCAUUCCUUGAGCUUGCCGAGAAGCACGGGUACGAGUAUGCUUGGGUGGACACGUGCUGCAUCAACAAGGAGAGCAGUGCCGAGCUCUCGGAAGGCAUCAAUUCCAUGUUCCGCUACUACGCUGUCUCCACCAUCUGCUACGUCUACCUCAGCGACGUCAAGUUCUCCGACACUAAUUCAGCCGACAUGUGGCUCGACUUUCGAACAAGCCGCUGGCACACGCGAGGCUGGACUCUCCAAGAGCUCAUUGCGUCCCGUGUCCUUGUGUUCUAUUCCGAGCAGUGGAUCUCUCUGGGCACCAAGUACGAGCUCGCCGAGCGCCUAGAAAACGCAACCGGAAUCUCCGCAGAGGUCCUCCGCUUCGAGAUCCCGUUUACAGAGGCGAGCAUCGCGACGCGCAUAUCCUGGGCGGCGCAUCGGGAAACCACACGGCUGGAAGACGCUGCCUACAGCCUCUUCGGGCUUUUCGGGGUCAACAUGCCGACGCUCUACGGCGAAGGGCGGCUCGCAUUCUGCCGGCUCCUCAUGGAGAUCUCGAAGACCUCGCGGGAUCCUUCGAUCUUUCUCUUGGGAGAACGACUGGAUGUGCACGGCUUGGAUAAUCUCAAAUCGCACCUCCAGCGAUAUCCCCAAAGCCAAACCCGUCGUCAUCUUCUCCCUCUUCAGCCUUCGCCGAUCUUUAACGUACUCUGCUCAGAUAAUCCUAAGGUGUUCUACGACCCAAGUGCACGCUCUCAGAAAGGAACAAUUGAGGUACGCUGGUAUGUAUGUCAUUCUAUGCCGUACCAUAUUGACGAGCAAUUUUAG